AUGAAGUUCAUCUCUGUUAUCGCUCUCCUAGCCCCCGCCGUCCUGGCCGCCCCUGGCGAGGCCUGGAUCACACUCCUCAAGGAACAGUGCAGUGAUAUGUCGGAGCAGUGUGUUGAUAUUGCAAAGAAGGCCCAUCAGCCGCUUCAUGAUAUUGUUCAAAUUACACAGGCCAUGCCGACUUGUACCCCAGCCUAUGUGGAAUGUAUCCAAAGGCUGGACUCUUCUGACGUUCCUACUUUUCCUCAGCCAGGCGCCACUCAAGGAAAGCUCGUUAGAUGCCUCGAACAAAUUGCGCCUGAUCAUAUUAAGUACUUUCUCGACAAUGAUCGCGCUGAGACACCGAUUCCGGCUAGCCAAAACUGUGCAUUGCGAGAGCUGCACCGCGUAGCGCACGUUGAACUGGGUCCCUUGGCAUAA